CAGUCAAAAACCAUCCAGCCGUCUGUCACGUACAGUGUAAAGUUAAAUUAAUUGCAAUUGUGACUUCUCUUCAUCGCCCAAGAAGAAACUGUAUAAACUUUCUUGUGACGCAACAAAGAAUAUGACGGUAGCUAAACCUAAUGGAACAACAACAAUGGGAACGACGACGAAUAUAUUUAUCGAGGAUGAAAAGAAGCUUCAAAACAACGCGUUGUUACCGUACAAGGAAGAAGAAGAGGAUGACGACGACGAUGAGAUUACGUUAGAGGAUCUAGCUCCUGAUGGCGGUUGGGGAUGGGUCAUUGCUUUUGCCAUGAUAGUAGUAUUUAUUACAACAUUUGGACCAACAACAUCGUUUGCUAUAAUAUUCGGCGAUUUUCUUGAAGCAACUGGUCAGGCUGGUACAGCGAUGACACUUUUUAAUUCCAUUUUCAUGGUAACAUUUUCCAUUGCUGGCUUAAUGACCAACACGUUACUGAAGAGAUAUUCGAUGAGACCAGUGGGUGUUGUUGGUGCGGUGCUUUUCGCAGUACCAAACGUAGGUCUAGCCUUCGUCACAAACGUCUACGAAAUGGCUUUCAUAAAUUUUCUCCAAGGCAUGGGUCUCGGUUUGAUCGUUACAAUCUGCAAUACGAAUUUCAACGCUUACUUCGUGAAGAAAAGAGCACCAGUAAUGAGCGCGGCCCAAGUUAUAGUGGGCUUAGGUGGAAUCGCAUAUCCCAUAUGUAUAGAAAAGAUGAUGAAAACGUAUGGUUUCAGGGGGACCGCAUUAAUGACAGGAGCCAUGAGCUUAAACUGCAUCGCUGGUAUGACAAUGAUGCAUCCUGUCGAGUGGCAUGCAAAGAAACCGGAAGAAGUACGUGCAGAGAGAGCGCGUCAAAGGGAAGAACGGAAAUUGCAAGGAAUGGUGGUGUUAGAUCGCCGUUUCAGUGACUUUCUUCAUGUUCCUGCCAAAACUAGGUGGAGCAGCUUAACUAGUCUCAAGGAUGAAGGUGGCAAACAUGUUCCGCUCUUAAUCGAAACGUUAAAAUCACCUGCAAAAAGAGUAGCAUCGAUUUCUGAAUUAGAGGGCAGAAUUUGCAACCGAAGGAAGUCUGGAUCGAUGCGUGAAUUGUUAACCAGACGGUUGUCAACACUUUCGUCAUCGAGCUUGGUGAAUGUAGUGACAGGUAUUGGAGCUGUGGGAGAUAUAAGGCAACAUCAUUCAGAGAAAGGCAAAGAAAAGCGAUUGGAGAAAGGAGUUCAAGUAUCUAUGAAGGAAGAGGAAACGGAAAAAAGUCAGCUACAAGAAAUCUUUGGCGAUCUUUUGGAAAUAUCAUUACUGAAGAAUUGCGGUUUCAUGAAUAUUUGCCUGGGCAUCAGUUUCGUUUUGACCAGUGACUUUACAUUUUCGUGUCUCUUACCAUUGAUGAUAAUUAACAGCGGUUAUACGAAAAGUCAGGCAGCCUUAGCGAUUACUAUCUGUGCAGCUGCGGAAUUGGUAUCCAAAGUUUUACUUGCGAUCUUCACUUUGGUGAUCAAGGUUAAAGCGAAAUACUUAUUCUUCGUCGCUAUGAUCUGCAUGGCGUUUGCAAAAGCUGGCUACUUGUUGUACAGUGAAACUUUAGUAGGUACCUUAGUGAUGAUAGCCGUUAUAGGAAUGGUUAGAUCGUGGUUACUAGUUCCUCAACCAUUGGUCAUCAUAGAAGACAUCAGUAUUGAUAAAUUUGCUUCAGCAUAUGGAAUUUAUGGUGGUAUUAGCGGUGUGACUUCUAUCCUCUGCGGUCCAAUCGUUGGGCUGUUGAAGGACUGGACCAACAGCUUUGUGGUCUGUCAGCUCGCUCUUAUAUUAAUGAACGUCCUGUUCGUUAUUCCAUGGGCAAUACAGUUCCUUUCAGUAGAUUUACCAAAGAGGAGGAAGGAACGAGCGGAUAAAAUUGCCGCCCAAACUUCCGGUUCCCUUUCUGCAGAUUGACGCUAACGGAGAGAGAAGGAGAAAAGACCUUGUGCUUUCAGCACCGUUCAAUUAUUUAACAGUAGGAAUCCUUUUGUACGAAUGACUGAUCAAAAUAAUUGUUUGACGAUGCUUUUACCAAAGUGUGAAUGUUCUUCGAAUGAAAGCUACUGUUAAUUGGCAAUCGCUGAUGUAAUGUUAAUUAACCCUUCGAAUAGUGGGAGUUGGAUCAAUUGUGACUCAAGUGUUUAAACCAAAAGUUUUUCCAUAUUUCUAAAAAAUAGUAUGAAAUUUAAAAAAUAAUAAUGAAAAGAUUUAUAAAAUCAAAUUCAAAUUUUUAAACCCGGCUUCGAUAUUCGAGGGUUAAUACAAGAACAGAAACGUACAAAUUUUAGCACAUAACCAAUUGAAAUUUAUACAUGCAUAAUUUGUUUUUUACGGAUUUACUGUAAAAGAAUUUAAUAGUAUUGAUUGGAGAAACUUAUGCACUGUAGGUGAUAUAUUGUAUUGAAUGUAUAUAGAUGAAUAAUUUAAUAACGUGCUCGAAAUUUUAAAUAAACGUUUUGUACUCGAA